GUUACUUCAGUGUCUCCUGACCUCCUGUGUGCUGGUCCAGACCCAGUUCUGGUCUAACAGAGUCCAAGACUGAGACCAUGAGAAAACCUCCAGGGGAGUUUGUGUUUGUGAAUCUGGCUGCUGGUUGUCAGGCAGCAAAGUGACAAGAGAGGAAAACAGAAACAUUCCCCAAAGAAAAGAGCGAGACGACUAAUGAGGCGCUAUUAGAGACCUGGGGGGGAGGGGGCAGGUAGAGAGGGAGAGAGAGCAGUUCAGGUGUUUCUCUCAUUGUCAAAACAUCACAGGGAAGACAAAACAUCAGAAAACCAGCAGUAGACCUGGUUCUGCCCCCUUGAACUGGACCUGAACGGGACUGCUGGAGGACAGACGAGGGAGCUGAUUGGUUGAGGAGCUGUUCUUUUUCUUCACCUGGACUUUCAUGGACAGACAGAAAGACGAUCUGAUCUGGACCUGCUGAGACACGACGGCUCAGUGAUCUCCAUCAGCUACAGUUGAGAUGGGCUGUCUGGGAGGGAAGACGGAGGAAGAACGACUGGAGGAUAAAGCGAAGAGAGAAGCCAACAAGAAGAUCGAGAGACAGCUGCAGAAGGAGAGACAGGCUUAUAAAGCAACACACAGACUGUUACUGCUGGGUGCAGGAGAAUCUGGUAAAAGCACGAUUGUGAAGCAGAUGAGGAUUCUCCAUGUGGACGGUUUCAACGCUGAAGAGAAGCAGCUGAAGAUGCAAGACAUCAGGAAGAACGUGAAGGAUGCCAUAGUGACCAUUGUGUCAGCCAUGAGUAUGUUGACUCCGCCCGUGCCUCUGGGUAACCCUGACAACCAGUUCAGAGUGGACUACAUCAAGAGCAUCGCGCCGCUGUCGGACUUUGAGUACACAGAGGACUUCUUUGAGCACGCUCAGAGGCUAUGGGAGGACAACGGUGUGAAGGCGUGUUUCGAACGCUCCAACGAAUAUCAGCUGAUCGACUGCGCUAAGUACUUCCUGGACAGGUUGGACGCCGUCAGGAGGACAGACUAUACACCUAGUGACCAGGAUUUGCUGCGCUGCAGGGUUCUGACUUCAGGGAUUAUUGAAACCCGGUUUCAGGUGGACAAAGUCAACUUCCACAUGUUUGAUGUCGGAGGACAGCGAGACGAAAGGAGGAAGUGGAUCCAGUGCUUCAAUGAUGUGACCGCCAUCAUCUUCGUGGCGGCCAGCAGCAGCUACAACAUGGUGAUCAGAGAGGACAACUCCACCAAUCGGCUGCGAGAAUCUCUGGACCUCUUCAGAUCCAUCUGGACCAACAGGUUUCUGAAGACCAUCUCAGUGAUCUUGUUCCUGAACAAACAGGAUGUGCUCGCUGACAAGAUUCUGGCUGGAAAAUCCAAACUGGAGGAUUAUUUCCCCGAAUACAGCAACUACCAAGUACCUGCUGAGGCUGUUCCAGAUGCUGAUGAAGACCCAAGAGUGUCCAGAGCCAAGUUCUUCAUUAGAGACGAGUUUCUGAGGAUCAGCCAGUCGAGCACUGAUGGGAAACAUUACUGCUAUCCUCACUUCACCUGCGCCAUCGACACAGAAAACAUCCGCCGCGUCUUCAACGACUGUCGUGACAUCAUCCAGCGUAUGCACCUGCGGCAGUACGAGCUGCUCUGAUUGGCACUCAUCUGCCCCCCCCCCCUCCCGGACUGACACAUGUAACAUGAAGAAGCUAAUCUGAUAUCUAAUCAAUACUAAUAGAUGCUGAUGUAUCAACACUGUUUAUGGCACAAUUAUUACUCUGCAGUUAUUUUUAAACAGCCUUUAACUGAUUAAUGAUUAAUUUCUCCAUACCUGUCUGAUGAAGGGGAUUGUGGGUAGUGUAGUUCUCUUGAUGAAAAGGACGUGGUUUUUCUGCCAAGGCAACGGUCUGUCAUAUGGGCGGGGUUUAAAAACUAGUUUAACCUUUUAAAUAUAUUUUUUCAUGUUUCUGUACUUGACAAAUAUAUUAUCUUUUCUCUGAUUGGCUGUUAGACUCUGAUGUCAUUCUGUGUUUUCUGAAGCUGUUAGACAAAAUUCAGAAUUUAUAGACAGUAGAUUUAUUUAAAGAGGGAACUAGCUACCCUCAGAUAAAGAUCAAACAUUUAUAUCAACAACCUUUAGGAAAGACGUCAUAUUAAAGAAUUUUUAUGUCAAA